CUUGAAAGAGUGACAUGCAUUAAUAUUCCCCACAUACUUUGAAACGUUCUUGCUAAAUAAAACAAAACAUUAUGUCUCAAACACUUUCUAAUGCUCCUAUUAUUGAUCUCACCAAAUUAGAGGAUUCAAAUUCUUGGCUAGAAUUGUGCAAUGACGUUCGUCAUGCACUUGAAGAUCAUGGUUAUUUUAUAUCACUUUAUGAUAAGGUUUCUUCUGAACUUGAGAAUGAAAUUUUUGAUGUAAUGGAUGAGUUGUUUGAUCUUCCCAUUGAAACAAAGAAGAAGAACUCUUCUGACUUUUAUUUCUAUCGAUGGGUUGGUCAGCUUGAGGCAGCUCCUCUUCAUGAAAGCUUUGGGAUUGUAUGUCCAACUGAUAUUCAAGCAUUACAAACCUUCACCACACUCAUGUGGCGACAAAGCAACGAAAGAUUUAGUGAAACAGUAACAUCGUACGUAAAGGCAGCAGCAGAACUAGAACAGUUGGUGGACAAAAUGGUGUUCCAAAGCUAUGGAGUAGCAGAAAGGCACUAUGAAUCUCAUAUAGCAGCCACUACAUAUCUCCUCCGUCCUACGAAGUAUGCAACGCCACCACCGUCUGCAGACGAUGACGGCGCAAAUAUUAAUAACAUAGGUGCAAAUAUACACACAGACAAGAGCUUCUCCACACUGCUCUUUCAGAAUCAGAUUAAUGGUUUGCAAGUUGAAAGUAAAAGUGGUGAUUGGAUUGCCGUUGAUGUCCCUCCUUCUGCAUUCAUCUUCAUGGCUGGAGAUGCUUAUGAGAUAAGACGUCUUAAUAUUCAACAAUGUAUGUGUGUUUUGCUGUGGAAUAGGCAUGGAGCAAUGGAAGAAUAUAUGCACCGCGGCACCAAGUGUUGCUGAAAGAGGAAAAGCAAAGGUACACAUUGGCCCUGUUCACGUUUAACAAAGGAAUAACAGAUAUACCUGAGGAAUUAGUGGAUGAAACACAUCCUUUACAAUACAAGCCUUUCGAUAAUUUUGGGCUAGCUUGGUACUACCUCUCUGGUGCUAACUCCAUGAUUCACAGCACGGCUAAAGCUUACUGCGGCAUCAAUAAUACUGCAUCCAUCGCUUGAAUUUCAUUUCUGUAACGAAGUCCUUAAUAGCAUAUAGAGAGAGAGAGAGACGGCUUGAAAAUUUCAUGUUUCUUUAACCAAGUACUUUGUAUGGAAAAAGAAAGUAGGUAAAAAUGUGUGAUAAAUCAUACAAUAAGUGCUUGCUGACGUGUAAUCAAAUUUAGGCCAGUGGUUCUACACCAGCCGAGUGAUUAUCGGCAAG